CCUGGUGAUGACGGACCUGUUUGAGGACAUCAAGGAUGGGGUGAUGCUGCUGGCCCUGCUGGAGGUCCUGUCUGGACAGAAGUUGCCAUGUGAGCAGGGGAGGAAGCUGCGGAGGAUCCACUGGGUCUCCAACAUCGGCACGGCGCUCAACUUCCUGGAGGGCAGAAAGUCUGCGUACAGGGGAUCACCGAUCAAGCUAGUCAACAUCAACUCGACUGACAUCGUCGAUGGAAGACCAUCUAUCGUACUGGGGUUGAUUUGGACAAUAAUCCUCUAUUUCCAGAUAGAGGAGUUGACCAGUAACCUGCCAGCGCUCCAGGCCCUCUCUAGCAGCACCUCCUCAGUGGACAGCUCCGACACCACCAGCCCGCCUGUCAAGAGGAGGCCCCUCCCCCCGCUGCAGGGUGGGGCCAGGAAGGCCCUACUCAGAUGGGUCCAGCAGACCGCCACCAAGCAUCUGGGGACCGACAUGAAAGACUUUGGGCCGAGCUGGCGUACAGGUGUGGCAUUCUUCGCAGUGAUCCUCUCUCUUCGACCCCACCUGGUCGACAUGGAGCGUGUGCGGAGGAGAGCCAAUCGAGAGAACCUGCAGGAAGCCUUCUCAUUGGCCGAGACUGAGCUGGGCAUUCCACAGCUACUGGACCCAGAAGAUGUGGAUGUUGACAAACCGGAUGAGAAGUCCAUCAUGACGUACGUGGCCCAGUUUCUGAAGCACCACCCCAACCCUGGUCACCAGCAGAACAGUGACUCGGACUCCCAGCCAGAGGAAGAGGUUCAGUCUGUAGAAGUAUUAGUGUCCUCAUUCCGUAUCUUCAGAAAAGAGCAGCGCAAGGGCCUGAGGGAGCUGAAGACCUGGCUGGAUCAGCUGGAGCUAGACACAGCACGUACUCAGGAGACCAAGGGCAACCUCAGCCAGCAGUAUCAGUCCUUUAAGAGUGUACGUGUUCAAUUGGAGAUGAAUAGGAAGCAGGUGGAGGCAGCGGUCCUGUCCACGCAGAAGGAUGGGAUGUUGACCGUGGACCAGGCUCUGGUUAAACAGGCCUGGGACAGAGUGUCCAACAGGCUCCUAGGGUGGCACAUGCAGCUGGACAGGGCUCUGCCCGCCCCCCUGGGUGUGGUGGGGGAGUGGCUGCACCAGGCUGAGGGGGCACUCCGACAGGAGGUCACUAUUCAACAGACAUCUGACGCGACAUCUAACACUGUCCACAUGACCCUGGAGCAACACAAGGACAUGCUCAAAGUUCUUGAAGGUCACCAGCAGGUCUUCCAGAGGAUCCAUAAAGACAGAAGUGUCAACGGAGUUCCUGUCCCCCCAGAGCAGCUGCAGGACAUGGCAGAGAGAAUGAACUUUGUAUCGACUUCGUCAAACAUUCAUCUGGCCAAGAUGGAGUUCUGGGAGAAUAAACACCACAUGCAGGCGUUCCUGAUGCUGGCAGAGUCCAAGCUCAAAUCCUGGAUCAUCAAAUAUGGCCGACGAGAAUCAGUGGAGUUAAUGUUACAGAACUAUGUUUCAUUUGUUGAAGGACAGCAGUUCUUUGAGCAGUACGAGACAUUGUUCCAGACUCUGAAACAGUCUUCUGAGCUCUAUGUCAAGGCUGAUGGCACAGUGGAUGAAGGCGAGGCGGGGGUUAGGAGGUUCAUGCGGGAGGUGUUGACCCAGUGGAGGAGUCUGUCUGUGGAGGUGCGCAGUGUAAGGAGCAUGCUGGAUGAGGUGCUCUCUAACUGGGAGAGGUACAGCUGCACUGUGGCCUCUCUACAGGCCUGGCUUGAGGAUGCAGAGGGAGCACUCAGCCAGCCUGAAAACAUCAAACGGGAGUUCUUCCGCAACCUUUCUCAGUGGAUGGAUCAGCACUCUGUGAUGAACGACGCAGGGAACUUCUUGAUUGAGACAUGUGACGAGACUGUGUCACGUGACCUGAAACAGCAGCUUCUCCUGCUCAACGGGAGGUGGAGGGACCUGUUCGUCAAAGUCAAACAGUACGCCCGUGAAGACGAGCUGGACAAGUGUAGGAGGGACCACAUGAGGGCCAUCUCUGCCCUGAGGGAGCUGCUAGACGGUGCAGAGUUGAAGCUCAACGCCCCUGUACAGGUCUCCUUCCUCAACAUCAGGUCUUUCCUACAGGAUGUGGAGAACACCAAGAAAAAGGUUGUUGCCAUGGAGACUCAGUACAAGUUGGCUGCCUGCAGUGCCCAGCUUCUGUCCAAGGAUGCCCCGCAGGAGGAGGGGGCCAAGGCCAUGGCUACUAUGACAACGUUCAAAGGUCAACUCAGUAAGGUGAGGGAGAGGUGCCCUUCUCUGGUGAGGGAGUGCCAUGGACUGCUCCCCCUGCUGGAGGAAAUGGAGAAGCACAUCACAGGCUUCUACCAGGCUCUGGAGAGGGCCAUCCGGAUCACUGCAGCAGGCAGAGACCCAAAGCCACAGGCCCAGGUCCAGGGACAACACAAACACAAGUGGCAGGACCUCCUGAGCCAGCAGCAGAGCUGUAAGAUGUGUUUAUCUGUGAUUGAGAGGAACCUCCACUCCCUGCAGAGGAUGCUCUCCUCCAGCAAGGCCCUGAGGAACUUCGACCAGACCCUCCUGCAGAAGAGAGUGGCCGAGAUUCAGACCUCUGCACAAGGUCUGUUGAAGGAGGUGGGGGAGUGGAGGAGGCAGGAGGAGGCCAACAGCACCAUGAGGAGGAGGUUUGAGGAGUCUCGUCAGGAGCUGGAGAGAGUGCUGAAGGUGGCAACCACAUGCCUGAGAGAGGGGGGAAACGCAGAGGAGCUGCUGAGAAAACAAAGCGAGUUCUUUGGGCAGCUAGACCAGCGGGUCCUGAGUGUGUUCUUAAAGGCCUGUGAUGAUCUGACAGACAUCCUGCCUGAGGAGGAGCAGAAGGCGCUGCAGGACACUGUCAGGACGCUGCACAAACAGUGGAAGGACAUCCAGAUGGAGGCGCCGUUUCACCUGCAGCGUCUGAAGGUGGAGGCAGAGCGAGGACGGGCAGGGGCCGUCCUACAGGAGUGCAGGGCGGAGCUGGCCAGAGAGAUCCAAGCACUGACCACCACAGGCAGCGAGACAGUCAUCAGAGAACACAGGGCCUUCUUCAGGGAGAAAGCACCUCUCAGUGUGUGUGAGAAGAGCAUAGGCAACAUGGAGGAGCUCUGUCAGACACUCCCUGACAACGACUCGGCUAGACAAACCCUGGACUCCACCAGGAGGGCCCUGGCAGACGUCAAAGGUCAGAUAGAGGCCACCCACCUGAAGCUGCAGCAGCACUCCCAGUGGAGGGAGUGGAAUGACAGGUUCUCAGAGCUCUCUGAUUGGCUGUUGUCUCAGAGAAGCCAGGUGAGGCUCCUGAGGGAGAGAGCCAGAGAUCGCUCCCACCAGGAACAGGUGGAUACUACUGUCCAGGAGCUCCAGAGGGCAGCCGAGGGGCAGGAGGAGAGCCUGUCCUGGCUGAAUAGUCGUCUGGCUGUACUGACAGAGGUCAGUCCUGAGGUGGAGGCUAUUAGACAGAGGGCUGCCCUGGCCAAACUCUCCUCUGACCUCACCGCCCUCCUCUCCUCUCUCUUGGAGUGGGGUCAGGAGGGGUCUGUGAGGGUCCACAGUGAGGAGCUGAGGGAGGAUGUGCGUUGUGCUCUGGAGGAGGUUCUCAGGGCUCGGAGGGAGGCUCAGGAGCAGACCAGCAGGAUCCUGGAGGCAGAGAACCCAGAGGAGGCCAGGCAGCUGCUCCUCAUACACCAGGUAGGGGCUGAGGGAGAGGUGGGCUGA